AUGGUCCCACCAUCAUCGUUACUCAACCCGGUCUUCGAUCUCACCACCCUUUCCUUCAUCUUUGUCUUCCUGCUCUUUUCCCUCUUCUCCCUUGUCUUCAUCUUCUACUUCCGCCUCAAGACCCGAAACUCCGACCACCUCAGGGAGUUUAGUUCCCUCUGGACUAUUCGCACCCUCCUCGUCUCCUUCAUCACGCUUUGGGCACUCACCGAGACCCUACGCCUCCCUGUCCUCUUUUUCCGCCGUUAUCCAUUCAUUUUUUCCUUCUUCUCUCCUCUCACCCUGAUCCAACAGUCCAACCUCUGCAAGAUCCACGUCGUCCUCUCAUUGGGUCUCUUUGAGCCUGGAUUCUUUGCCACCCUCCUCUUCCUCGUCAACGUCUCCGUCAGGAAGAGGAACCCCACCGACACCUUCGCCACCGCAUUCUCCAUCGUCUCCGCCUGCUGCAUCCCCAUACUCGUCUUCCAGGUCCUCUUCGUGUUCUUCCCAACCACCUUCAACCACUUUGGUCUCCCCGAGAGCCUCAGCCGCAGCUUCGUCCUCGUCUCCGACGGUACCGGCGGCAACAUCGCCCUCUGCACCUACCCUCUCUUUAGUUCCAUCUCCUUCGGCGCAUUCGGGAUUGUGUACGUGCUUUCCUUCCUGCUCUCUUGUUGGAGGCUAAUCUCCCUCGUCAUCAACAAGGGCCUGCGUCUUCGGAUCUACACGCUUGCCCUGGCGGUGCUGCUGACGCUGCCCAUCCAGAUCGUAUUCCUUGUAAUCUCUGUGCUUUGGAACCCAGAUGACACAGUCUUCCAGGGGCUCGCUCUGCUUGUGUUCCUCUGCAUGCUAUCGUGCGCCGUGGUGGGAGUGGGCAUCCUCGUCAUCAGGCCCAUCUUCGACGCGCUCGCAGUCGCGUCGAUUGAGGCUUCCUGGUGCUCCAGACGCAACGGCCACGACCUCCUUCCUCCGUCUGCUGACGUGGCUGAGAAACCGGGAGUAUUGGGUUAA